CCAACCCAACCUAAAACCUUCUCUUCACGCUCCCAAUGGCGGCGGCCACUCGGUCCCUCUUCCUGACAUGCUUCCACAGCAGCGGCUCCGAUGAGAGCGGCCACCUCACGCUGCGGCCGCGGUACCCGUCCAUGCCGCGGCAACCGAGGGCGGCCGCGGUCGCCGGCGAGGGCGGUGGAGGAGAAGGCGGGUCAGCCGUGGUCGAUCUGGAGGCAGCGGAGGAGGAAGAGGAGAAGGUGGCGGUGUUCGCGGUGUCCGGGAUGACGUGCGCCGCGUGCGCCGGCUCGGUUGAGAAGGCCGUCAAGCGGCUCCCCGGCAUCCAUGAGGCCGCCGUCGACGUCCUCGGCGGCCGCGUGCAGGUCGCCUUCUACACGGCACUCGUCUCGGUGAGCAUCGGAUACUCUGAUUAUGUUCCUGCGCUUCCGCUGCCCGCUGGCAUCUGUUUGUUGUGCCUGCACCUUUUCGCGUGUUUUCUCGUGGGCUGUUUCCAAAUGAUCAGAUCGAUUGGUUCGAGUAGGCAUAUAAUUUGA